AAGACCGAGGGACUCUCUUGGUUGGGCCACCUUGAUUUGCCUGCCCACUAGGAAAGGCCACCAGGUACUGCCUGGAAAAUUCUUCCUGGAUGAUCUAAUUGUGGUUCAUUGGGUGUGGCCUCUGAAGCAGAUGUGGACAAGUCCCAACCAGAACCUUCCCCGGUACUGCAGAGGGGCCAGGCAGGCAAGAGAAAGGCUUGUGACUGGGCAAAGAGAGGGGCAGGACAGACUUGUGAAUGGGCCCAGGACCUGAUGCCCGUUACAGCCCCUGGUAUGAGGAACUCGCUGAUGCCUGCCUGCCUUCCAGACACGCACGUUUUCUCAAUCCACUGGUAACUGAAGUUUGGGACCGCGUGUUGUAACUAAUAGACCCAGCGGCGAGACGCCCUCUCAGCCACCUCUUCUGCUUCUACCUGCCGUGCUGCCAAAGCCCUCCGCACCAGGCUGGAGAUGCCCCAGCACGGGAUGGGGGACAAGCAUUUCCUUUCCCUCCCAAAGCACCUCUUGGCCAGUGCGUCCUCUGCCACAGAGGGCGGCUGUGACACUCCACCCAGCAGCAGGGCGUCCCCAGUCUCCUUGCGCUCUGCCCACAGCCCCCUGGACUCCUCCAGCCAACUCCUGUUCAAGCCCCAGGCUGAGAAGCGGAAUAGCCAGAUAGCCCGUGAGGUGAAGUACAAGUCUGCAGGACCAAAGAACACGCUGUGUGGUUGGCGAGCCUUCACCCCCCAGUGCUUGCAGGUCUUCAACACCCCCAAGGGCUUCCUCUUCUUCCUGUGUGCAGCCUCCUUCCUUCAGGGCAUGAUCGUGAACGGCUUUAUCAACACCGUCAUCACCUCCAUCGAGCAGCGCUUCGACUUGCACAGCUACCAGAGCGGGCUCAUUGCCAGCUCCUACGACAUCGCUGCCUGCCUCUGCCUCACCUUCGUCAGCUACUUUGGGGGCCAGGGGCACAAGCCACGCUGGCUGGGCUGGGGCGUGCUGGUCCUGGGCAUCGGCUCCCUAGUAUUUGCACUGCCCCAUUUCACCGCUGGCCACUACGAGGUGAAGAUGGAUGAGAAGGUGGGGACCGGGGCAUGUCUGGGCAACGGGAGUCACGUGGAGUGUAUGGACUCGGGCCUGUCCAGCUACCGGCUGGUCUUCAUGCUGGGCCAGCUACUGCAUGGUGUGGGCGCCACCCCUCUCUACACACUGGGUGUCACCUACCUGGAUGAGAAUGUCAAGUCAAACUAUUCGCCCAUCUAUAUUGCCAUCUUUUACACGGCGGCCAUCCUUGGACCUGCGGCGGGCUACCUGAUUGGAGGAGCCAUGCUAAACAUUUACACGGACCUGAGCCAACGGACGGAGCUGACCACUGACAGCCCUCUGUGGGUUGGCGCCUGGUGGAUUGGCUUCGUGGGAGCCGGGAUCAUUGCCUUCCUCAUCGCCAUCCCCAUUCUUGGCUAUCCCCGGCAGCUGCCAGGCUCCCAGCGCUACGUCGUUAUGAGAACAACUGAGACCCAGCAGCUGAAAGACCAUGGCCACAGAGCAGUGAGCAACCCGGCUUUCGGCAAGACUGUCAGAGACCUGCCCCUCUCCAUCUGGCUCCUCCUAAGAAAUCCCACCUUCAUCCUGCUCUGCCUGGCAGGGGCCACCGAAGCCACGCUCAUCGCUGGCAUGUCCACGUUCGGCCCCAAGUUCUUUGAAGCCCAGUUCAGCUUGAGUGCUUCCGAAGCCGCCACGUUGUUUGGAUACCUGGUGGUGCCAGCAGGCGGUGGCGGCACGCUCCUGGGUGGCUUCCUGGUGAACAGGUUCAAGCUCCGUGGCUCUGGGAUCAUCAGAUUCUGUCUGUUCUGCACCUUGACCAGCCUACUGGCCUUCUUUGUCUUCCUCAUGCACUGUCCCAACAUGCCCAUGGCAGGUGUGACCGCUAGCUACAAUGGGAGUCUCCUGCCUGAAGGCCGCUUGGACCUGAGGGCGGCUUGCAACGCCAUCUACUGUUGCCAGCCGGAGCACUACAGCCCCCUGUGUGGCUCAGAUGGCAUCAUGUACUACUCCGCCUGCUUUGCGGGCUGCCCCGCGGGUGCUGAGACGGGCCCGGAUGGCCAGAAGGUGAGUGUGGUCACCGCCCACUGCCCUGCUCUGGCCGGGACCGGGAAGCAUCUGCCUUCCUUAUAUGAUCAGCGUUGUUGUUGGGCUCCCCAGAUAUUCCGAGGCUGUAGCUGUGUCCUUGAGAAGGUUUCCUCUGGCUUGGGCAAUGCUACCGCAGGGAAGUGCACUUCCACCUGUCAGAGAAAGCCCCUCCUUCUGGCUCUCGUGUUCGUUGUAAUUAUCUUUACCUUCCUCAGCAGCAUUCCAGCUCUGACCGCCACGCUACGGUGUGUUUGUGAUCAGCAAAGAUCCUUCGCCCUGGGGAUCCAGUGGAUUGUCGUGAGAACACUAGGCAGUAUUCCGGGGCCCAUUGCCUUCGGCUGGGUGAUUGACAAGGCCUGCCUGCUGUGGCAGAACCAGUGUGGGCACCAGGGCUCCUGCUUUGUAUACCAGAAUGAAGCCAUGAGCCGCUACAUGCUCAUUGCAGGGCUCACAUUCAAGGUGUUGGGUUUCCUCUUCUUUGUCACCGCCUACUUCCUGUACAAGUCCCCGUCGGUGUCCUCGGGUGCCCUGGAGGCCUCCCUGCCCAGCCAGUCCUCAGCCUCCGACAACCCCACAGAACAGCUCCAGAGCAAUGUCUGACAACCACGGGCCCUUCUACGUUUCCAGAGGGCUCUUCCUGGAGACCCUAACCCCAUCCUCAUGGGGGGGGGGCAACACUGAGGACCUUGCAAAACUUCACACUGUAUUCUGGGGCCUCGCCCUGCCCUGUACUGUGACCGAGCGGCCUCUGAGACACUGAGGAGGGAGGAGUGUGUCACGUAUGAACCAGACACGUCCCUGAGCCCCGCAAUCUUGGAGGUAUCACUACAUUUCGUGGAUGUCAUGGGUCCUGACUUCCUGCCCGACACAGGGCAGCAGUGCCCUGGGCGGCUCCAUCCACUGGAACCAGCCACCUAACAUUUGCUUGAAUCUGCUCUUACUGCCUGUCCUCGAAGCCUGGCGGCCUCUGGCUGGGCAGGAGCAACUUGAAUCAUUAUGUCUGGACUGAACAGUGUUUAUGGAAUCAGAUUUGUACCUGAUCAUGUGACUCAUGUCCAAGCAAACUGCAGAGAGGGUGAGAUCCCAUCUGUGGUGCCACGCAGAUUCCGCAGGCAGUGUGCUUCCAUGUUUUGGUAUGGUUAUGUACAUAAUAUAUUUUAAUAUUUA